AGCGGACUGCCCGGCGGCCGCGGCGGCUGGAGCGAUGCCGGUGGGGGCCUGUUGCCUCUCUUCAGCAGCCCGGCGGGCGGCGGCCUGGGCGGCGGCCUGGGUGGGGGGCUCGGCGGCGGCGGCAGGAAGGGAUCGGGCCCCGCCGCCUUCCGCCUGACGGAGAAGUUCGUGCUGCUGCUGGUGUUCAGUGCAUUUAUCACGCUGUGCUUUGGAGCGAUCUUCUUCCUGCCCGACUCCUCCAAGCUGCUCAGCGGGGUCCUGUUCCACUCCAGCCCCGCCCUGCAGCCGGCCGCCGACCACAAACCCGGGCCCGGGGCGCGCCCCGAGGACUCAGCAGAUGGGAGACCCCUGCGUGGCGAGGAGGGCGCGCCCGGGGACCCGGCGGCCGCCCUGGAGGACAACUUGGCAAGGAUCCGCGAAAACCACGAGCGGGCUCUCAGGGAAGCCAAGGAGACCCUGCAGAAGCUGCCGGAGGAGAUCCAAAGAGACAUCCUCCUGGAAAAAGAAAAGGUAGCCCAGGACCAGCAGCAUAAGGCGACGUUCAAGAGGCUGCCCCCGGUGGACUUCGCGCCCCCCAUUGGGGUGGUUAGCCGGCAGCCGGCCGACGCCGACAUCGCUGAGAAGAGGGCAAAGAUCAAAGAGAUGAUGCAACAUGCUUGGAAUAACUAUAAACACUAUGCCUGGGGAUUAAAUGAACUGAAACCUAUAUCAAAAGGUGGCCAUUCAAGCAGUUUGUUUGGUAAUAUCAAAGGAGCAACAAUAGUAGAUGCCCUUGAUACCCUUUUUAUUAUGGAAAUGAAAGAUGAAUUUAAAGAGGCAAAAUCAUGGAUUGAAAAACAUCUAAAUUUUAAUGUGAAUGCUGAAAUUUCUGUUUUUGAAGUAAAUAUACGCUUUGUUGGUGGACUACUCUCAGCUUACUAUUUGUCUGGAGAAGAGAUAUUUCGAAAGAAAGCAGUAGAACUUGGGAUAAAAUUGCUUCCUGCAUUUCAUACUCCCUCUGGAAUACCUUGGGCAUUGCUGAACUUAAAAAGUGGGAUUGGACGGAACUGGCCUUGGGCCUCAGGAGGCAGCAGUAUUUUAGCCGAAUUUGGAACUCUGCAUCUGGAGUUUAUGCACUUGAGCCACUUAUCAGGAAACCCAGUCUUUGCUGAAAAGGUAAUGAAUAUUCGAAAAGUACUUAACAACCUGGAAAAACCAGAAGGACUUUAUCCUAACUAUCUCAAUCCCAGUAGUGGACAGUGGGGUCAAUAUCAUGUAUCAGUUGGAGGACUUGGAGACAGCUUUUAUGAAUAUUUGCUAAAGGCAUGGUUAAUGUCUGACAAGAAAGAUCUAGAAGCUAAGAAGAUGUAUUUUGAUGCUGUUAAGGCAAUCGAGACUCACUUGAUCCGCAAGUCUAGUACAGGACUGACUUACAUCGCAGAGUGGAAGGGGGGUCUUCUGGAACACAAGAUGGGCCACCUGACGUGCUUUGCCGGAGGCAUGUUUGCUCUUGGGGCAGAUGACGCUCCCGCAGGCCUGACCCAACACUACCUUCAACUCGGGGCUGAAAUUGCCCGCACCUGUCAUGAAUCUUACAAUCGCACAUUGGUGAAACUGGGACCAGAAGCUUUCAGAUUCGACGGUGGUGUUGAAGCCAUUGCUACAAGGCAAAAUGAAAAAUACUACAUUCUGCGACCAGAAGUGGUUGAGACUUACAUGUACAUGUGGCGACUGACACACGAUCCAAAGUACAGGAAAUGGGCCUGGGAAGCUGUUGAGGCCCUGGAAAGUCACUGCAGAGUGAAUGGAGGUUAUUCAGGACUAAGGGAUGUGUACCUCAAGCAUGAGAGUUAUGAUGACGUACAGCAGAGUUUCUUCCUGGCAGAGACACUAAAAUAUUUGUACUUAAUAUUUUCUGAUGAUGACCUUCUUCCACUGGAACAUUGGAUCUUCAAUACCGAGGCACAUCUUCUCCCUAUUCUUCCUACAGAUAAAAAGGAAGUUGAAAUCAAUGCAAAAUAAAGACAUUUUAUAUUUUAUCCUGCUCCAUUCCCUUCACUGCAUACCUUAAUAAUUCCUUUUCUGGUAUUCAGGCACAUGAUGAAUUUUUAUUAAUAGUUCUGUGAUUACUCUAAGUUCUAAAAUUGUUUUGCAGUCAUUUGUGUUCAUUGUUAUAGGCAUAGAUGGGACCUAAAUUCCUUAUCGUAUCUUUAUUAUUGAGUCAGUAGACCACAUGUUUUACCUUUUUUAAAAUAAGCUAUUGUCUCUGAAGUUCAUGAAGGUGUAGUACCAUUUUUAUUACACUUAAUACAAUGGUAUACCAAUGACCUCUUAAUUACAAUUUUGAUUUGACUGCAAAACUUUUUCCUCCUCUAUGAGGAGAUGAUGUCUGCUUUAAGCUGUAAUGUUUUGCCAUGUUGCAAAAAGCCAUAAUAAUAAAUUAAAUAUUAAAAAAAGCUUUUCCUUUUCAAUUUCAUGUUAAUCUGGUUUGUCUAUCCACCAGAGACAGAUCUUAUAACUGUGACAGCCUCCUUAUGCAGGUCUAUCAUUAUUUGAUAGAAUAUCUCCUAAAAUACUUUAUUCACAUUGUAAAUCAAAUUAGAAUGUCAUCCCAAAAGGAUAAUCUCGUGUUGACCUCAUUUCAUUGGCACCACUGUGCAUUUUUGUUGGUUAAUUAUGUUAGUGUUUCCUAAUUUGUGAAUUAGUUCUCAAAUUUUACUUUAUAUGCCCUCUGUCAUUUCUGGAUCAUGUACUGGUUAAUUCUUCCAUUCCCUACCACAAAGUGAGGUAGCUUUCAAGUUUUGCAGAGCUCUGCUAUUACUGAUUUAUAUUUUUUAAAGAGAAAUAGUAUGACUUUUAGUGUAUUUGCUUUUGCUCUUAACUGAAUAUGUGAAGAAAUUGGGUCUCUCUAAAGAAAGUGUGUAUCAUAGGACUUUUACUUUGCAUUUCACCUUUUUUUUUUUCCUUGAGAAAUAAUAUCUUUGCAUUUGGGUCAGAUUUUUCAGAUUUGAAAGGCCUUUUUCAAUUCUAGUAAAUUAAUCCAUAUCAAUUUAUGGAAGCAGGAUUUAACUCUGAAAGCUUUGCUAAUGUAUCUAUUCAUGGUCAAUUGAAGAAAAGCUAAUAAACUUUUAGGCUAAAUGAAAAUAUAGUAUAUUUUGUCUGGUUAAAUUCAACAUAGAGUUGCCAACUUACAAGCAAUAUUAUGUUUCUUCAUACUAUUGUUUUGAAACUGUAAAUGGGUUUCCCAACAAUAGAUUUGGUGACACUGCGUUUUCAGAUUGACGCACAUUAUGUAUUUCCAUGAAAGGGCUAUAUGAUGAUGCAGAUACAGAGAUAUAGAGACUAUCACCUGCGUUUUCAACCAACACUGGUCAGCUUGAUCAGAGUAACCCCUUGAAUUAGGUUGAGGCAUAUGAAAUUGCUGCAUUUGUUCUUCCAAAGCUGUCCAAUAUCAGCAAAUUUUUGUGGUUCAACCUAAUACUAUUUAAUACACUUAUUUUCUUAGCUCUCAAUAGACUUACUAGUUUUAGCUGUUUCUUUUCAAGUAUCUUAAAAGAGGUCUUUGUCUGAAAGGACCAUCUUGUGGGCUUUUUUUUUUUUUUCAUUUUUGUUCAUUGGUAUGUGUCAAUGAAUAAAUCAAUAAAAUUAGUAAAUACGCACCAUUAUUGCAAUGUGUUUCUGUGACCCAGAAUAAUUUCUUUGAUGCAUAUCUUCAGCUCACCUUAUGAAAUGAAUAGAUAGAAAAGUUCUUUUCCCCAGAACUUACAGACAAAAUAUAAAAGAUUAUUGCCAAAAUUGGGCCAUCUGUAUUCAGAUUAUAAUUUUUACAUGAAUGUCCUUAGACUAGCAAUUUAAAAUUAUUUUCUUUGCUUUUCAAUUUAAAUUGAAACUGCACAAAGAUGAUAUUUAUUUCUACAACAGAUAGGAUAUUAAAUUCGGGUGUGUAUACACUGCUUUCUAAAUGUACCUUUGUGUCCUGGUGUGAACAGGCAAGAUUGUAUUGCAUAUUGCUCUGCCAGAGUGCAAUAAAGGUUUUUCAAUUCUGAACUUUUUUUUUUUUAACAUAAGUCUCAAAACACCAAAAAUGUAUACCAGAUAAGAUUAAUGUUAUGGUGAUGUAAUUUAAUUAUAGUUUGUGUUAAUUAUUUUAAGCAACUAAAGCCCUUAGGUAGAUACUGCCUUUUAUUCAUUUAUAGCAAAACUGUGCAGUUAAGUUUACAUGUAUAUUUACAUCCUGAAAGGUGAAAAAUUCAAGCAGCAUUUAGUUUUGAUUUUCUGCAUAUGUUUUGAAUACACUUUGUGCAAUUACUAUUAAAUAUAUAAGUUGCGUGGCAAUUUACAGAACUCAGCGAUGUUUUUCAUUACUCAUGUAUUACCCGUUCUUUACAUUGAUUGUUUUUGAUUUGUACAUAACUCCAUUAUCACUUCCAACUUUAUAUAAAUCCCUAAUGUUAUAGGAAACAUAAUAGAUUGAUGCAUAAUUUUUAAAAACUAUAUUUGUAAAAUUUCUCUAUUGUGAAUAAAGCCUUUUAAUAUACCUCCUCAUUUGUUAUGUUUUU